AUGCAUGGUCAGAGUUUGAAACAGAUUGAUUAUGGUGGAGGCCUUUGUUGCAUAAAUUGGGAAGCAAAUUUUAAGGUUGGCCGAGUUUUUCCAAAUAAGGUUUCCCUUUUAAAAACCAUAAGUUUAGCAGCAAUUAGAGGCCACUUUCGAUUGAGAACCGUCCAAUCUGGGAAGCGUCGGUUGUGUGUUCGUUGUUGGCAGCUUCCUUGCCCUUGGCAAGUUCGGGCAUAUAAAAUUGGAUUACAUGAGUUUAGGGUUGUUAAAUACGAUCUGUUUCAUGAAUGUGAUCUAAGGUAUGUAACCAGUCACCAUUCUCAAGCUACGACUGGACUGCUAUCCGACAGUGUGAAUUGGAGGUUCAAGGAUUCGCGCACCAUUUAUACUCCAGCUGAUAUCAAGAAAGAUGUGAAAACAAAUUUUGGGGUGACCAUAAGCUAUGCUACAGCGUGGAGUAGCUGA